ACACAGAAUCACACGGGGACAUCGUCGUGGGUGGAACGCUCCGCAGACAGAGCAUCAUCGCGUGUGUGCGUGUUUUAAAUAGUUCUUUUAAUCCAAUUAUGUCAGUGGCUGCGGCGCGCGCCUCGUCCGCCAGGGGGCGCGGCCACGGCUCUCCGGAGCUAAAGAAAAUAGAAGGAACUCCAAAUCUCGGGAGUGUGGAAACACACCAGUAAAGUGUGGACGCCGAGUUACAACUUCACGCUGGAUACGAGGCGCAGGGCAGCUUCCCCGGGGAGACAGCUUCUUCUGGGCGAGCCCGAAGACUAGACCCCUGUUGGUGUUUUCUUUUCUUUUUUUUUUUUUCGUCCUCGGCAGAUUUGCGCAGCUCCGGGUCGGGAGUCGGGACCCGUUAAACAUCUCCGUCCGAAAGGGAAACACACAGAGAGAGAGAGAGAGUGGAAGAGCGCGGACAUGAGCGGAAGGCUGGCAGAAAACAGAGUAAAAGCUCAACUGAGCGCACGCUUUACGCUGCUUUGAAGAAACGUAACAAAAGUACCAAAAAAAAGAGGAUAAAUGUAAGCGCAAAUUGCUUUUUUUUUUUCUCCCCUUCUUCUUCUACUCUUCCUUGGACACGUUUCCGCUGCUGGCGAGCGACGUUUAAACCGUGUUGUGGAAAGCUUCUUCUUUUCUUUAUUUAAUAUAUUUAUAUAUUUUUUUAGUUUUAUUUUUUUGCUCUUGGAAAUAACUGGAAGUUCUCGUCUCUGGCGUUUCAGCUAAAGAGGAAACGUUAAAUGCAAAUGCGGUAGGUGACUCCGUUUUUUUUUUUUUUUUGCUCAACACCCAGAGACUUAAAAGCGCCGCUUUUUCUUCUUCUUCUUCUUCCCCAUCUCCCGGCUAUGCUGAAGAAACUUUUUAAGAAUGAAGAGGAGAAAAUCGCCGUAGCACGCCUCUGUUGUCUGCCCGCAUCGUCGCCGCGCGCCGGAGAGCACCAGUGUUGUUAUUCCCGAGCCCUCACGUCGGGGAGCCGCGAGAGCUGACACGCGUCUGGAAAUGUGGAUCUAGCGUGAUGACCUGCGAGCUGAAGUUGUGAGAUCGCCUGACUGUGUCGAGCCGUUAGUGAGUGAUCGAGACUUCCGGAGCCAGCGGGGGAGCCCACGACUGCUUGUUAGAGCUGAAAAGCCGCCCUACGAACCAGCUCUCGGAUCAGUUUUAUUUAUUUAUUUUUUAUAUAUAUUUUUUUUUAUUUUAUUAUUUUUUUUUUGCGAGGAGAGUCCCCCGCAGCCGACAUGGAGGAGUGGAGGCAGUGCGGACGGUGGCUGAUUGACUGCAAGGUCCUGCCCCCGAACCACCGGGUCGUGUGGCCCUCCGCGGCCGUCUUCGACCUGGCGCAGGCCCUCAGGGACGGAGUGCUGCUGUGCCAGAUGUUGCACAACCUGUCCCCCGGAUCCGUGGACCUGAAGGAGAUCAAUUUCAGACCCCAGAUGUCACAGUUCCUGUGCUUGAAGAACAUCCGGACAUUCCUCAAGGUGUGUCACGACAAGUUCGGCCUGCGCAACAGCGAGCUGUUCGACCCCUUCGACCUCUUCGAUGUCAGGGACUUCGGCAAGGUCAUCUCCGCUCUGUCGAGGAUCUCCCACCACAGCAUUGCACAAAUCAAAGGCAUCAGGCCUUUCCCAUCGGAGGACACAGCUCUGAAUGAGGAUGACGUGUACCGGAGCCUGGAGGAGUUGGCAGAUGAACAUGACUUGGGCGAAGACGACAUCUAUGACUGCGUGCCAUGUGAGGACGAUGGAGACGACAUCUAUGAGGACAUCAUUAAGGUGGAAGUACGACAACCCAUGAUCAGAUACAUGCAGAAAAUGGGAAUGACGGAGGAUGACAAGAGGAACUGCUGCUUAGUAGAGAUCCAAGAAACUGAAGCCAAGUACUACAAGACUCUAGAGGACAUUGAGAAGAACUACAUGAUCCCACUGAAGCAAGUCUUGAGUCCACAGGACAUGGAGGCUAUAUUUGUCAAUCUGGAGGAUGUCAUACGAGUCCACUUUGCCCUGCUCCGAGCCAUCGACCUGAACAUGGUCAGCGGAGGAAGUGGCUUGGGGAAGACCUUCCUAGACUUCAAAGAAAGGUUGUUGAUCUAUGGCCAGUACUGCAGCCACAUGGAGAAUGCCCAGAAGACACUGGAUGAGCUAAUAGCAACACGAGAGGAUGUCAAGAUCAAAGUAGAGGAAUGUACAAUGAAAGUGCAAGAAGGGAAGUUCAAGCUGCAGGAUCUCCUGGUGGUUCCAAUGCAGAGGGUACUGAAGUAUCACCUACUACUGAAGGAACUUCUGAGUCACUCGACCGACCGACCCGAGAGACAACAACUCAAAGAGGCUCUGGAGGCUAUGCAGGACCUGGCCAUGUACAUCAACGAAGUCAAGAGGGACAAUGAGACACUGAAAAAAAUCAGCGAAUUCCAAAGUUCAAUAGAAAAUCUUCAGCAGGUGAAGCUAGAGGAGUACGGGAGGCCAAAGAUAGACGGAGAGCUGAAGGUGUGCUCCAUCGUCAAUCGAACGAAACAGGACCGGUAUAUAUUCCUAUUUGAUAAAGUGGUCAUUGUCUGCAAGAGGAAAGGCUAUAGCUAUGAGCUCAAAGAGAUUAUUGAGCUGCAGUUUUAUAAAAUGUCAGAUGACCCCAUGAACAACAGAGACAUGAAAAAGUCAAGUGGAAAAAUGUGGUCUUAUGGUUUCUACCUGAUCCACCUACAAGGGAAGCAGGGCUUCCAGUUUUUUUGUAAAACUGAGGAGACUAAGAGGAAGUGGAUGGAGCAGUUUGAUAUGGCCAUGUCCAACAUCAAGCCAGAGAGAGCCACGGCCAAUCAGCACAACUUCCAAAUGCACACAUUUGAUAAGAACACCAACUGUCGAGCCUGCAAAAUGCUCUUGAGGGGCAUCUUCUAUCAGGGCUACUACUGCUCUCGAUGUGGAACAGGAGCUCACAAGGAGUGUCUGGAAGUCAUCACCAUCUGUAAAAUCAAUCCUCUUGACAUGGAGCCGGGGAUGUCACCAGGUCCCAAGAUGGUGGCGGUGAGGAACUACCACGGCACGCCGACACCUCCGGGGAAGACGCCGUUGUGUUUCCAGACGGGAGAAUUCAUCGAGCUACUGAAGGGAGAUCCUGACACCACGUGGUGGGAGGGGAAGCUGAUGCAAGCACAGAAGAGUGGCUUCUUCCCUAGUUCAUGUGUAAAGCCUUGUUUGGACCCUAAGCCCUUCCAGUCGUUAUCCAGCCGGCAGUCCUCAAGAGAAGCAGACUAUUUUGGAUAUCCAUGGUUUGCAGGAAACAUGGAGCGGCAGCAGGCGGACAACCUUUUAAAGUCCCACAGCAGCGGGACCUACCUUAUCAGAGAGAGGACGGCCGAGGCGGAAAGGUUCGCCAUCAGCAUCAAAUUCAAUGAUGAAGUAAAACACAUCAAAGUUAUUGAAAAAGACAGCUGGAUCCACAUCACUGAGGCGAAGAAGUUUGAGAGUCUACUGGAGCUGGUGGAGUACUAUCAGUCCCAUUCGCUGAAAGAGAGCUUCAAACUGUUGGAUACCACAUUGCGAUACCCCUACAAGUCGAGAGAACGCUCGCUAACGCGGGCCAGCACACGCUCACCAGCAGCCACAUGCGCCUCCUACAACUUCUCCUUCCUCAGUCCGCAGGGCCUGAACUUCUCUUCUCAAAGCUCAGCUCCUUUUUGGUCAGUGUUUACUCCUCGGGUGGUCAGUACGGCCGUGGCCAGGUAUAACUUUGCAGCGCGAGACAUGAGAGAGCUGUCGCUGCGAGAGGGAGACGUCGUCAAAAUUUACAGCAAGAUCGGUGGAGACCAGGGCUGGUGGAAAGGAGAGGCCAAUGGAAGAAUCGGAUGGUUUCCCUCAACCUACGUGGAUGAAGAAGGUGUCCAGUAAGGCUGGACGUCGCUGGUCUGGCUCCCUUUAAAUCAGGAACCAUCUUCUAUCUACUGUUCUCAGAGAAGAUUACUCACCCUCUCCAGGAAACGAACAAGGAAAAACACCAGAACAUUCCUCUUGUUUUUGCUGGACUUUCAUUUUUCAGCGAGCGUUUCUACCGUUUCUCUAUCUCCAAUUAUGCAUCCGCUUUUGUUUUUGCAGGGUGUCCUGUUUAAUUUCUGUACAGGAAAGAAGAAGAAAAAAGAAAACUGGCUUGCUGUCUGUCAGCCUGCGUGUGCUCUGCAGAGACUUUACUGAGCUGAGGACACAGCAGAAACUGACUGCUGAUAGCUUUAUUUGAAAAAGGAUCCCCUUUGUUGCAGGUCUACGCAAGGUGAAAUAAUUGUACAGUAUAGAUAAUUUAUUGAAUAGAGAUUAUUAUCAUUACUAAUGAUUAUUGUGGGAAAGUUGAUUUAAGCGAAGAAUCUGAUCAGAAAAACGAAAAUAACAAAAAAAAAAAAAAAAAGCCGUCUUAUCAUGUCGAGAGAUUUUGCCUUAGUUGUCAUGGUGAUGCCUUGUGGGCUGACACCAGUGGAGGGAAUCGAAUUUGUGGACUGGUUUUACUUCUCCAUGUAUGCAUGUGCCCAUGUGCGGCCCACAUAAACACACACCCUAAUGUACAGUACGGUGCCUUUGAAGAAUGGUCGUUGCUUACUGAACCUCAACAUCAGCCACUAAAGAACAUCGUCAUCCCUAAAGAACAGCUCAGACGAGGACUUCAGCAAAAGGAAGGGGGAGGCACAAAGAUGACGUUUGGAGGACAGCUCACCUUCUGAGCCCUCAAAAACGAGACGUGAAGCAUUUAACUCUUCCCGACUGGAGACUGGAUGGACUCACAGAGACAGCUGGAGGGUUUUCAUAGCCCACAACAAUCACACACACAACUCAUAGUGUUUCGUGUCUGUGGGUCGAAUCAACCGGAUGUGAAAGGGAAACAUCGAGACAUUCAGCAACAUUUAAACGUGUGUUCAUGGUUUGAUUUUCUUGCACAGAAUCACAAUUCCUUUUUUCUUUUUUUUUUUAAGUUAGGAAACUGGAUGAACAAUUUGUUUUAAAUCAUUUGAAGCCAAAUUCAGCCAUGCUUCAGUCUCGCCUGCAUGGGGUUUGAUCAGUGUCCUGGAUUUUUGUACCUUGCCUUACUUUUAUGUUUUUUUUUUAACAGAUGAUCAGGUGAUGGGAUUGUUUUUCCCUUAAUGUUAAUCAUUGUUCAUGUGUGAAAUUCAGUUUGGUGCUGUGCAGGCUGGUGAAAAUUAAACCGUGUCAGAAGAUUUUAAAUCUGAAGGAAAACAUUGUGUCCUAAAUGAAAUGAACGGACAGAAGGAGUUCUUGAUUAUUUUGUGAUUUUCUAGAGCUGCGGUGCUCAGUGUUUCCUUUUAUUUCCAGUAAGUCCCAUAAGUACUUUAGAGCAGUUCACACCACGGUUUACCAGCAUACAUCUAUUGAAUGCAUCAAUGCACCAGAUGGCCUUCUGCUUCAACAUAUACAGGUAUUCAGAUUUUUACUGACCCAGUCGGCUCACAAGUUCAAGUUAUAUGCACAUGAAAACUGACGUAAAGCAACUCACAUGAGGCCUUACUUCUAAAAUUCAUUUGUUCCACACAUGCUUUUCUAUAUUAAUAUAUAUUCUAUUGAUGCCGCACACAUGAAUACAACAAAUACUUGGAAAUGAAGUAGAAGAUGCUGGUCGACCGCCUCCGCGCCGCGAAAGGUCAAAAACAACUCAGUCAUGAAAGCAAUUUAAAACAACUCCACACACCCCGCUGAGAAGUAAAGUGUAAACACUGAGCACAUCAGUUGUGGCUGGUUCACAAAGACUUAUGGAGCAGAAGAUGCCGAUAUGUUUAGUUUCUAAACUUUUUGACCGUCUACGAUGUGUGUUAAUGCAAAAGGCCAGCCGCUCAGAAAAACACAAAGUCCUAGCACUGUGUGAGGGGGACACACAGGAGGCCUCCGUGUUGUCUGCAAUGAUGGUGGGGGGUGGGAUAGGGGUGGGUGGGGAUCUAGUCGCUUUGUAUGUAGUGGACAAAAACCCAUUGCAUGUGGCUGUUGAUAUUUCAGCUCCUGUCAGUUGGUCCAUGAGAAGAUACGUACUUAAUCGUGUACAUUUUCUUUGAAUGGUUGAGUAUUUCCAAAUGAGGUCUAUCAUGAAAUAAAUAUUUCUUUUGAUUUAAA